AUGGACAACAAAGUAAACACUUCUUCUAGGAAAAUACAUUAAUGGUGUUUGGUUGGUUGAGAACACAAACAAGCAAUAAAGACUAUUGGAGGGAUCCAAACUUCUUCCUUCUGCACUUACAUCUGACAGGACUUCUAUGAGUACUCAGUACUGUAUAUGACUAGACUGUAGAUUACAUUGUGUAUCUUUCUCUGUUCACUACAGGAGGCUCUGGCCCAUGUUAAUGCCCAUGCCCAGGCAGCGCGGCCACCAGUGGACCCAUCAGAGCUGUUCCCCAGGCUGUGCCACCUGGAGCGGGCCGAGACGGGCUACGGCUUCAACCUGCACAGUGAGAAGUCCCGGCCGGGCCAGUACAUCCGCUCCCUGGACCCUGGGUCUCCAGCCGACCAUGCUGGGCUCAGACCACAGGACAGACUCAUAGAGGUGAGGAGAGAGGGGUGGGUGGAGGAGGGGAGAUGGGUGAGGAGAGGGGAGAUGGGUGGAGGGGAGAGGUGA